GUUGGUUACCGCCUGUCCGCGGCUGCCUGCCCCGGCUAAGAAACCGGCCUCCCCUCCCGUAUAAAUACCACCCAUCGCACUGCCAUUCCAAUCCACAUCGAGCUAACCAUCUCCUUCCCAGCUCCCCACACUCCACUCUCACUAGAACAGCAACAAAGGAGCCGCUUGUGAGUUUGCGCGAAGAUGAGGUCGUUUGCGUUUGGCAUUGUGGCGAUGGCUUGCAUGAUGGCCAUCGCGCAGGGUGGCAACUUCUACCAGGACGCCGAGAUCUCCUGGGGGCAGGGCCGCGGCAAGAUCGUGGACGACGGCCGCGGCCUCGACCUCACGCUGGACAGGAGCUCCGGGUCCGGGUUCCAGUCCAAGAACGAGUACCUCUUCGGCAAGAUCGACAUGCAGAUCAAGCUCGUCCCGGGCAACUCCGCCGGCACAGUCACCACCUUCUACCUGUCUUCUCAGGGGAACACGCACGACGAGAUCGACUUCGAGUUUUUGGGCAACGAGACCGGCGAGCCGUACACGCUGCACACCAACGUGUUCACGCAGGGGCAGGGGCAGCGUGAGCAGCAGUUCCGCCUCUGGUUCGACCCAACCAAGACCUUCCACACCUACUCCAUCAUCUGGAACCCACAGCACGUCAUAUUCGCGGUGGACGGCACCCCGAUCAGGGACUUCAAGAACCACGAGGCGCGCGGCGUGGGGUUCCCCAAGAGCCAGCCGAUGCGGCUGUACGCGAGCCUGUGGAACGCCGACGACUGGGCCACGCAGGGCGGGCGGGUGAAGGCGGACUGGACCCAGGCGCCGUUCGUCGCCUCGUUCCGCGGCUUCAACGCCGACGCGUGCGUGUGGUCGAACGGCAAGCAGCAGUGCCCCGUCGGCACCAUGGAGAGCGUGGCGACGCCCGGGGGCAGGCGCGGCGGCAGCGGCAGCAGCUGGUGGAACCAGCAGCUCAGCGACAUGAGCUACCGCCGCAUGCGGUGGGUGCAGAGGAAGUUCAUGAUCUACAACUACUGCACGGACACCAAGCGCUUCCCCCAGGGCGUGCCCGUCGAGUGCAAGCUCCGGUGAAACCGAAGGAUCGAUCCGUCGAGAGACAAUAAUGUUUCGGAAUGGGCGAUGCAAUGUAAAUGUAGUAUGCAUAUCGCAUUCUUUGAUUCGUUUUGCAACACCAGAUGUUCCUACAAAGUUCGAUUAGUGACUUUCUUUUUGAGCCUAGUCUGGCUGCGAUUUC